GACAAAAGUGUCAAGUGUCUAAGUCGAAGUGUCAUUAUUAGAAAUAGAAUUAAUUACUUUGGUUAUCAUGUGCUAAAUAACAUUACUUUGCGUAUUUUAACAGAAAAAAACCAAUAAUGUAAAUCUAUUUUUACCAUAGUGAGUAUAUUUCAUUAAUUUAAUUGAAUGGUAGAGUUUACACUUAACCUUAAUCUAUCUAAUACAAAUUCUAUGACGAAAAUGCUGUCCUAAUUAUCUGCGACCUGUGUUACAAAAUCCUCAAAGAUUUGUAAGAUGGAAGACGACCUAGACGACAAAAUAUUCUACCAAACAUACGUUUCACAUAUGAAAAUCAUGUCACGAGUAUCAUGGACUGUUCCCUUAAAACUCUCUCACAUAACAUUCUCUUCACAAAUUUGGAGGCAGCUGAAAAUCUACGUCUUCAAGCCGGAGUUUUUGAUUUUUGGUAUGAUGAUAUUUUUUGUAUUCAUAUACAUUCAAGCUGUAGAUGAAUGGAGUCGAAGUUUAUUGGGAAAGUUCCAGUAUAGUAUCGGUAAGGCAACAUCUAAAUCCAAAAUCGAGAAGCUUAGCUUUUUCAGUAAUACCAACAUCGAAAAAUCCAGUUGGGAGAUGAAGGUAGGUACCAUUGCAGCUUACGCUCUACAGGGAAGACGACCAAAAAUGGAAGACAGGUUUGUGAUAAACGAUAAUAUCAGUAAUACAGGGGUUGCGUUAUUUGCUGUGUUUGAUGGGCAUGGGGGAGAAUUUGCUGCUACAUACGCCAAAGAAAAGCUUAUGCAGAACUUAUUUAAUAAAGUCAUAGAAAUUAAAGGUAUAAUAUCUGGGGAUUCAACCAAACGUGUAGUACCUGAAGAAGAAAAGGAUGAGGAAAAGAAAGAUCCUGAAAAGCCAGUUACUCCUACUAUUUCUCAGCGCAGGAAGAGUUUUAGAAGGACUAAUUCAACCACAGACGAAUGUAUUGAAGGAACUAAAGAAAUAACAGACUUGCAACUGUUAUCAAAAUUAGAUAGCAUAAAACCCAUAUCAAAAUCUUCAAAGCCACUGAAAACAACCCCAAGCUUUAAAAAGGUGCCUGUCAAUAAUUAUUUCGACAAAUUUGGGAUCGUGAAUUAUGAAAAAUUAUUAACAGAUGAGGUACUAGCUGCAGAUGAGAGACUACUAGAGAUUGCAAAGAAAAGUUUAGAUGUUGCAGGUACUACAGCCCUAAUAGCCAUAUUAGAAGGCAAUAGACUGAUAGUAGCCAAUGUUGGCGACUCUAGGGGAGUAAUGUGUGAUUCAAAAGGAAAUGCUAUUCCGUUAUCUUUCGAUCACAAACCUCAACAGAUGAGGGAGCGUAAAAGAAUCAAGGCAGCUGGGGGGUUUGUGUCUUUUAAUGGGGUCUGGCGUGUGGCUGGCAUCCUAGCUACAUCUAGAGCACUGGGAGAUUACCCACUUAAAGAUAAGAAGCUAGUAAUUGCUGAACCUGAUAUAUUGACAUUUGAUUUACUGGAUCACAAACCUUCGUUUCUUAUUUUGGCAACGGAUGGUUUGUGGGACACAUUCUCGAAUGAAGAGGCAGUGAAUUUUAUUAAAGAAAGAUUGAAUGAACCAGAUUAUGGUGCUAAAAGUCUGGCUUUACAGUCCUACUACAGGGGUUCUACUGAUAACAUAACUGUCAUCAUCAUCAAUUUUAAGAACCAUGCCUUUAGUAAGUUUACUGCUAGUGCAUCAUGAAUAGUAACGUAAUGCAGCUGCUGUAAGGAUGUCUGACUCAUUUAUGGACAUCUUUAUUAUAUUUAAAUAAUACUUUACUGUAGUACUUUUAAAGAAAAAUGUUUUUUACAUUCGUAAGUUUUAAAUUUGUGUGGGACACUUCCCAAUUUUUGUACAUUAUUUGAUUUUGCUCACUGAUUUAUCUAGCAAGACAUCAAUUGACUAAAUGUUUUUUGCAUUAUAUAAAAGCUAUGACAAAAUAUUUAGCUCAAACCUUUAUAGAUUUGGCUGUAUACUUAAAUUUUACAAUUUGCGCAAUCUGUGUAUUUUGUUUUAAAGCAAUUUAAAAUUGUUCUGAAGCUAUUUUCCUUGUGGGAUCUUAAUACAACUUACUAUUUUUGUUGUGAAUAAGUUUUAAGUAAUUGUUCUUGUUUGUAUUUUGAGAAUGAUUUCCGAAGUGCAAAUUUAAACGUCAAAUAAACUUAUUUUAAAGUAAAAUUGUGGUUCAUUCCCAACAAAAAUAGUAAAAAGUAAUUUAAAAAUGUGAUUUCCAUAAUGUCAUACAAAAUAUGUUAGAUUUCCUGAUUAUUUAAUUCUUAUAACCCUUACCAGCCAAAAUUAUUUUUGGGUUUCGAAGUUUCACAUUCAUUUCUGACUAUACUUCGUCUAAUUUACUAACCGUUUCACGUCAUCCGCGUCAUAGCCUGUGACCUCGCAUGAUACCAACACGAAAUAUUUAGGCGGUAGGUGUGUUCUUUUUUAGAAUCACUUUGCCGAGUCCACUGGAAUUACAGCAACUAUUAGACAUAUUUUAAUAUAUACGCGUAGAAAUAAUAUUUGAAGAUUUCUAUUAAUGUUAACCUAAAGAAAUACACAAUAAUAUGUUGCAUUUAAUUUGUAUAAUUGGAUUAUAAAGCGUUUUUAUGAAGCACAUUUGUUCGGAACACACUGUACCUGUAAUCGAACGAAGGUGACAUUUUAGAAUAAUUUGGUAACAUUUAUUUGACAGUUGCGGUGAUGACACUUCAUAUUUGUUUAUAUUCUUUACUAUAAGUAUCUGUUUUAUUAUAUCUAUCUACUGUUUUUAUUAUUUACUUUACUCUAAAAAGAUCCUCUACUAUAAAAUAUAAAUUUCACCUAAUUUUAUCACGACUUGGAAUAAUCGAGGUAUCUGACAUCUGACAACUUUUUUAGUUGUUAUUGUAGACAUAUACAAAGAAACCUACCGGCUUCUGCCAAGAGUUCGGAGCCGUUUUUUAAUUAUUAACAAUGCAGUACAAGAACGCUUGCACUGCAAAUCUUAAAAGAUUAUAACUUAAUUCUUGUUCUCUAUUUCUUAAGUUUUUACUGAUUUACAUUGAAUAUUAAUUUGUUUUGUUGUAUAAUCCACGUUUACAAUAAUUAUGUGAUCUAUUUUAUUUAAAAUGGAUUCAGGAUUUUUUUUAUAUUUUGGCAACUAUGUCAACUUAGAUCUCUGGCGUAGAUAAUGACGUGCAACGGUAAGUAAAUUAGAUGGACAUUUACUGAUAGAACUGUCAAAUAAAUCAAUACAGAGUAUUCCUUAGCAAAAGACCCCGUUCUCAUGACAAGCACUUAACGCGCAUUUUGAUAACGCUUGAUUACAACUAAAUACAUUUUACUUGAGACCGUUCACAUGCUAACGCGCGUUUUAGGUCAUUAAAACGCACGUUGGCGGGUGACGGCCUAAAAUAAAAUGUAUGUAGUUUUGAUCGCGCGUUAAGCGCCAGUCAUGUGAACGCGCUCUGUUACUGUGACAUCAUCAUCAUCAUCAUCAUCAUCAGCCUCUCUCAAUCCACUGCUGGACAUAGGCCUCCCCUGUUUGUCUCCAAAGUGUUCUAUCUUGUGCUUUUUGUAUCCAGUUUUUUGUUGUCUUUCGUAAGUCGUCUUGCCAUCGUAUUGGUGGUCUUCCUCUGCUACGUUUAUCGGCUCUUGGUCUCCAUUCAACUAGUUUGCGAGUCCAUCUUCCGUCCUUCAUUCUGGCAACGUGUCCAGCCCAUUUCCAUUUUACUAUCAUACUGUGACAGCAUCAUAUAAAUCAAUGCAGUGUCAAAUAAAUCAAUGACAGAACUGACAAAUAAAUCAAUGCAACAUUGCCAUGAUCCCAAAUGGGAUCAUCUGACUGGAAAGGGUUAAUAAAAACUUUUAAUAUUAUAAAGACACCUGAUUACCACUGCAAAAUUAUUAACCAUAUACUGAAAAAAAUACUCAUAUGCACUUGCUGGGUUGUGAUAUUACUUAAUGUUUUACAUGUUAGUAAUCGAAAUAUGUUUGUUUUUAUUGCAUUGUUAAAUAGUGCCAAUCUUGUUCUGUUAAUGGUUAUUAUGUGUACAAAUUAAGAUUGUCUUUAGUGCCAAUAAUUAUUGUUUGAAACGUUGAUUUUUCUUUGUAAUAGCUGUGAAAUAAAUUUUAUAAUUAUA